CCCUAUUUAUUAUUUUUUUUUUCGUCUUUGAAGUGGUUUGUGAAGGUUUAGUAAUCACGGACACUCGUGGGUAUAGAUGGAAAUGCAAGCCAUGUGAUGUAUUUAAAAUAUUAAUAAUUUGGUUACAUAAUCAACGGAGGCCGUUUCUUGUGGUCUCAGGUGUUUCUUUUGAAGGUAGAUAAAUAAGAAAGUAAAUUAGCAUCUUUGGCAGGUGCAGGUUCUACAAAAGUUGAGUGGUACAAUCAGUAGCUAAAUGAAGUGUGGGGUACCAGGAAAAGCUCAAGCAGUCAGUCAGCCUACCAGAUGGUGGGUGCUGUGGGAGGGACCCCCAUUUGUUCUUUUAUAUAAAUAGGAGAGAGUACAUGCAUAUAUGUCUCAUAGAUAUAUUUAUACAGUGUCGUGACAACUAGGUUCUCAACAGUUCUCCAGAAAGCAAAUUUGAAAUGGAUUUUUACCCAGUACUGAAUUGAAAAACAAACAGCAAUUUCCACUGUUUGUAAAACAAAACAGAAAAACAUUUUGCCAGGCCGCCACUUUGGCCGGAUGUGUACCUGGGGUUGUUUCCCAGAAUGGCCUUGAUUCAGUUAGUAUGUGUGAAAAUCUUAUUGCAUAAUAUUAUGGGACUGCUGACAUCACAAAGAAUCCUGCUUUUGCACCAUUGCAUGCUAAGAGGGACAGCUUUACUCAAGGGACCCCCAAGUGAAGUAUAUUUUUCCAUGUCACAUGUGUGAAACCAAUAGUAAGUACUCAAAGAGGUGUAAGAGAUUGCCCAGGUCCAUGCAUGUGUUGAUAAAGAACCAAACUACAGUCCUGAUGUUGAGGGUACCAUGCAGAGUAGAAGUGAUACAACUUGGUGCGUUUUAUUAGUUUUACCCAUGCAGAGUAGAAGUGAUACAACCUGAUGAGUUUUAUUAGUUUUAGGGGGAAAUUGGGUAGAAAGGAAAGUAAAAAUUAAUUUGUUUUCAGCUUCAGUUGCAGAAUGAUGAAUUUCAUGGUCAUAAAACUAUGUUUUAGUUCUGUAAGAAUGGUCUUUUUUUUAAUGUUUUCUAUGUUUUUUUUUUUUUAUCUCCCAUGGCAUUUUUAUUCCCUCUGAUGUAUUUAAUGUUGACAAGUCUUGAAGAUUUUGAAUAAUCACAUUGCAACAAAUGAUUUGUAACAUUCAAGACAGGCUAUUGGCUAAGAGGACAGAUGCUAUGAUCAUAUCUGUUGAUCUGGAACGAGCUACACAUACUUAGAACUGCUGGCCACUUCUGUGUGGCGACUUCAGCCAUAGUGCACCUAUACUAAGAAUUUUUAGCAGGAUAUGCCUUUAGUUUAAAUGAAGAAUGUCUCUCAACUCACCUGUAUUUCUUGAAGAAAGUGAAGAAAGUAAUUCAAAAUUUGUGGAAACAAAACAGUCACAGACUACUUCCGUAGCUUCAGAAGAUCCCCUUCAGAACUUAUGCUUAGCAUCUCAAGAAGUUCUUCAUAAAGCUCAACAAACUGGGAGAUCAAAGUGUCUACAAUGUGGUGGUUCCAGAAUGUUUUACUGCUAUACAUGUUAUGUCCCAGUUGAAAAUGUACCUACUGAACAGAUUCCACUUGUGAAGCUUCCAUUGAAGAUCGACAUCAUUAAACAUCCAAAUGAAACAGAUGGCAAAAGUACUGCCAUACAUGCAAAACUCUUAGCACCUGAUUUUGUGAACAUUUACACAUAUCCUUGUAUUCCAGAAUAUGAAGAACAGGAUCAUGAAGUUGCGCUUGUUUUUCCUGGACCUCAGUCUGUCUCCAUAAAAGAUAUCUCUUUCCAUCUACAAAAACGAAUGCAAGAUAAUAUUAGAGACAAAAGUGAUGACUCUGACAAGCCAACUGUUAAGCGUAAAAAAACUGAAGAAAUGGAGGACCUUGAUUUGAUUGGCAGCAAGGGCACAACACUGAAAAAAAUUAUUUUUAUAGAUAGCACUUGGAACCAGACGAACAAAAUAUUCACUGAUGAGAGACUUCAAGGGUAUUUAUCGAUUCAAAUCAUGAGGCAUGGAAAACAUGAAGGAGGCAGUGGCCUACUACCUGGGACAGUCACCCUGAAGUUGGGGAGAUUAAAAACUCCUAAAUUUGAGGAGCCAUAUUCUUGGAGAAGAGAAACGCAAGAAAAUCGAGACUCCUUCUGUAUGGCACAUCUGCUUUGAUGCAUUUCCUAACUUCUGAGUACACAUCUCUGAGGGUGAUCUUUCGUCCAUGUGCUUCCCUGCUCUCCACCAUCUUCAUCUGACACUACAGUAAUGGAACUGCCUGAUUUCAGAGUGUGAACCUCCAAAACCGUGAGUGAAAAGAAGCCUUUUUUUUUUUCACAAUUAGCCUCUCUCCAGUAUUUGUUGUAGUAAUAAGCAUAUGAUGAACACAUUAGGGCAGCUCAUAUUCAAGGAGUGAGGAAAUCUGUCACUUCAAGGGAAGAGUUGCAGUUAUAUUGAAAAUGGUAAGAUUUGGGG